AUGUUGGAAGGCAUAUGUGUUCCAAGCCACUGCCACAGGCUUAAGGCAGAACACCUGCAAGAUACAUACAUAUGUGAUGGGUGCAAAGAGAGAGGCACAGAAUGGCGAUAUAGAUGCUGUGCCUGCAAUUACGACAUGCACAAUUUCUGCGCCACGGCUUCUCCUUCCAUUCCCCACCCAUUAAGUGAUUCAAAAAUGAUAUUGCUCUCAUUCCCUGUUGUCAAAGACACUCUCUGGUGCUCCGCUUGUGAGAGAUCUGUGUUGGGAUUGAGGUAUUCCUGCACUGCAAGUGGUGACGUUCUGCAUCCCUGCUGUGCACGCCUUCCAAAAACCCACACAAACAACUCCAUUACUCUGCGUUUCUCCAAAAGCUUGUCAGUAGAUCCGUGUAAUUGGUGUGGUCAAAGAAACAGAGGAUGGGCUUACGUCUCCACAGAGUACAGCAUCCACGUUCAUUGUCUCAAAGAAGCCUUGGAAACGCCCAAAUCCCCAGAAUUUAAUUUGUCUAGCAAUCACUCUUCUCCUCAACUUUGCAGCGGUCGCCUCCAAUUAACAGCACCACCCAGCACUUCAAAUCAUCAACACUCAACAGCGGGAUAUGCCGCUUCAGGAACUCUGCAGAAGUACCAGCCGAAUAAAUCUAAUCAUGGGUUUAAGCGCUUUUGUAAAAAGACCAAGCUGUUUCUGAAAGCCAUCCGUGCAAUCCUCUUUGGAGAUCCGUCCUCUGUUUUGCAGGUAUAUGCGACGUCCUUUGCGACAGACCAGUAA